GCUGCCCUAGGAUGUGGAUUUUUCAUUGCUGCAAUAGUGUCCUCCUUGAGUAAUGUCAGUGGUGCCCACUUGAACCCUGCAGUGUCCAUUGCCUUCCUUGUUACUCGACAGAUUACUUUCACCAGAAAGACUCCGGAAUGUACGGUCUCAAAGAUAAAGAGCACGACCAUGAUUGCCAUGAUGAUCAUCAGGAGGAGGAGGAUGAUUAUGCUCGACAUUUACUGA